AUGAGUACAGAAAAUCGAGGAGGAGAAGCGCACACACACAACAUUAACAACAACACGAACAACAACAACAACGCGUUUGGAGGAGGAGGAGGAGGACAAGGAGGGAAUUUCCCACGGGCGAUUGUCCCCAUUCAAGAUGUCUCCGAGAUUCUCUCCAAAUACGAUUUCAAGGAGAAGAUUGGAACCGGAGGUUUCGCAACCGUCAUGCGUGCGAUCGAGAAAGAUACCGGAGUAGAAGUCGCGAUCAAGAUCGUGGACCGGCAAAAGUACGCCCCGACGGAUAAGAGUUACGAGAGAGAGUUUCAAGUGUUGUCGACGCUCUAUCACGAAAAUAUCAUCAACUUACGGUGCACGUACGUGACGGAGAAGAACGUCUUCAUGGUGACUGAAGUAGUUCACGGAGGGGAAUUGCUGGAGAGAAUAACCGAGGAAGGUAGUUAUUCCGAGGCGGACGCGAGACGGAUCAUCGUUCAGAUUUUAAAAGCGGUUGAGUAUCUACACUCGAAGAAAGUCGUUCACCGAGACAUCAAGUUAGAAAAUAUUUUGAUGUCCGAUCGAUCUCCCAAAGCGACGGUGAAAUUGAUUGAUUUUGGAUUAUCUAGAUUACCGCAAGUCGGAAGCGAGAUGAGAACAAUUUGUGGUUCGCCUUUGUACGUCGCGCCUGAAAUUUUAGACAUGAACUUAUCGGACACGGCGUAUACGCCGGCGGUGGACAUGUGGUCCGUCGGCGUCAUUUUGUUUAUUUUAUUGAGUGGCUAUUCACCGUUCGAUCACGACGACGAAGAGCAGCUGUUUAAAAAUAUCAAAGAAGGCGUGUAUUGCAUGGACGACCGAAUUUGGAGAUACAUCUCGGAAGGUGCGAAGGAUUGCGUUCGACAGUUGCUCACGGUGGACGUGAUGAAUAGAAUGACUGCUACGCAAGCUUUGCAACACCCGUGGAUUCGACAAAAACACCAUCAUCAUCACCAUCAUCAUCACAAUAAUAAUAACAACAACGAUAACAAUAAUAAUAACGAUAUUAGUUCAAUUAUGACGAGCGAGACGAACUCGACGGGUUUUACCGAUGGCGGAGGCUCGCUCACCUCGAGCAUGAACAUGCAACCUCCCGAGCAAAUGCCAAAGGAAAUUUUAGAAGAAAAACAAAACCGCUUAAAACAACGACUAGAAAGUAUACGCAUGAUUCGAGAAGAAGAGGCGUUAGCGAUGGAUAUAGCUAUGCAGCAAGAUAGCGAUAACUCCAAUCCUUCGACUUGA